CCAGGAAAGGAGCAGAUGAUAUGGCAGCUUUGUGAGCGGCCAGGUGGAACUCGCUUUUGUUUAAUCGGGGUGACAGCGGAACAUGAGUACAGUUUAACCCGCACGCCGCAGCGGGGGAUCCGAAAAUGAUAUACCUGAUAUUAAUUUCUGCCUUCUCCGGGGCCAUCGUCACGCUCCUUCUGCAGCUCUUACUGGUGUACCGGAGGAGCCCAGAGCCUGUCGCUAGGACUGUUCAAUAUGUCAAAGCAGUUCCUGAUCCCGCACUGAGGGAUUACUUUAGCAACCAACAAUGCGAAUCAACGCAGCUACAACCGGAUAUCACAUCGUCUGCCUCCAAACAACCGGAGGCCUCUUCUCCAAAGCAGCAAGAGACCACCGUCCCCGGCAGCAGCCCCAAACAACAGCCGCCGUCUUCGCCACCGCCUUCCCUGAGCGACUUUCAGCACGCCUCCAAAGCAGAGACAUGCGAUUUCCUCAAUGCCAUAUUUCUGUUUUUGUUCCGAGAGCUCCGAGACACCCCCGUCGUCAGGCACUGGAUCACUAAAAAGAUCAAGGUAGAGUUUGAGGAGCUCCUCCUGACCAAGACCGCCGGGCGUCUGCUGGAGGGGCUCAGUCUGCGGGAUAUCUCCCUGGGCAACUCGGUGCCCGUUUUCAAAACAGCCAGACUCAUGAAACCCGUGGCUCUCAAUGAAGACAACAUGCCAGAGGAGCUCAAUUUCGAGGUUGACUUAGAAUAUAACGGCGGCUUUCAUCUGGCCAUUGAUGUCGAUUUAGUAUUUGGCAAAUCGGCUUAUCUGUUUGUGAAGAUGACCCGGGUGGCGGGCCGCCUAAAGCUGCAGUUCACUCGCAUGCCUUUCACGCACUGGUCAUUCUCCUUCCUGGAGGACCCGCUCAUAGACUUCGAGGUGAAGUCUCAAUUUGAGGGCCGUCCUCUGCCCCAGCUCACCUCCAUCAUAGUCAACCAGCUCAAGAGAGUUAUCAAGAAGAAGCACACUUUACCGAACUACAAGAUAAGGUACAAGCCCUUUUUUCCUUUCCAAGUGCAGCCACCUUUGACGUCGUCAUGUGACCUGGACAUCUCAAUCCGAGACACGCUAUUGGUGGAGGGGCGUCUACGUGUCACACUUGUUGAAUGUAGCAGGUUGUUCAUCCUGGGCUCAUAUGAAAGGGAGACAUAUGUUCACUGCACCUUAGAGCUCAGCUCCGAUGAGUGGCGGGAAAAGACUCGCAGCUCCAUCAAAGAGACAGAGGUGAUCAAAGGACCAUCUGGGAGCGUGGGGAUGACUUUCAGGCAUGUUCCGGCCAGUGAUGGUGACACAGUGCACGUGAGCAUAGAAACCGUCACCCCAAACUCUCCAGCUGCCCUGGCGGACUUACAGAGAGGAGAUCGCCUCAUUGCUAUUGGAGGAGUCAAAGUGACGUCCUCUGUCCAAGUGCCGAAACUUCUGAAACAAGCUGGAGAGAGAGUGAUAGUCUUGUAUGAGAGGCCAGUCCGUCACCAGGUGCCUGCUGUGGGGUUGGGGACACUCCAAGAAACCCUUGGCCCAAUAGAGGAGCCUAGCUAUCUUCCUCAUCCUGGGGGCUACGAGGAGGACCCAGCCCCAAUAACCACCAUGGACAUAUCUGAUAACAGAGACAAUGACUCUGAGUUUGAGGAGCUGAUCGUUGAGUCCAAAUCAACUGCAGCUCCAGUCACUGUUGACACUAAGGAGGAUUUCCUACUCUCUGUAAACCAAAGUCCCAAAAAAACUGUGGCCAACCUGGCCAAGCCCCUUGGUUCCAUCUCACCAAUUCUCAACCGCAGGCUGAACCUUCAGUCACCACUCAAAUCCCAGUCCAAAGAAUCACCAAAGCCCGCAACUCUCAAGACUGCUGAACCUUCCGAACAGCCACAGAGACCAACAGUGCCCCCUCCUCCACCACCUGCACGCCCUCCUGUUCCUCCCAGGCCCCAUAUAAAAGUCACAUCUGCUUCAGAAAGCCAAAGCCUGGUAGAAGGUAAUGAACCUGCUGUGGAAAAAAGUCCAGAGAAAACGCAACCCAUUACUGGCAAUGGCGAAAAAACAUUAGAAAAAAUCCCUGUUAAGUCACCAGAGUUGAAGCCUGUGAGCAAGCACCCUGAUCCCACAGAGGAAAUCCUAAAUAUUCCAGCCACAAACAAACAAGAUUCAGCCAAAGACAAAAUAUCUGAGAGCUCCUCCAACACUAGGGACAGUGUAGACGAGCAGGGUCUCUGGGAAUCGUCUGAGACCAUGUACCGCAGCAGAACUGCCCGCUGGAACAAAGCCUCUGUGAUCUUUGAAGUGGAAAACAACCACAAAUUCCUUAAUAUAGCACUUUGGUGCAAGAACCCCUUCAAGAUCGGGAGUCUCUUGUGCUUAGGGCAUGUCAGCUUGCGCUUGGAACACAUAGCACUGGAAUGCUUAUCUACGUCAUCCGCUGAAUAUCAGAGCACCUUCCGUCUAUGUGCUCCUGAACCAAGGGCCAGCGUCAGCCGUACCGCUUUGCGCAACUUAAGCACUCACAAAGGUUUUAAUGAGAAACUCUGCUAUGGAGAUGUUACAGUCAACUUCACUUACCUGGCAGACGGGGAGUCAGACCUCUCCAGUGGACUGACAGAACGUGAGCGGGAUGGGAGUCUUCAGGAAGAGGACUUAAAAGACCGGGAAAAGGAGAGAGACCAGGUGCUCAUGGUAACCCGGGAUGAACAGAGUUACAGUGGCAUGCAGAUAGGAGAGAUGCGGCACAAUUUUCAAGACACUCAGUUCCAGAAUCCCACUUGGUGCGAGUAUUGCAAGAAGAAGGUGUGGACCAAGGCUGCCUCGCAGUGCAUGACCUGUUCUUAUGUCUGUCACAAGAAGUGUCAAGAGAAAUGUCUAACAGAGCACCCUUUCUGCGUAGCCACCUCAGACCGGCGUGGGGCAGAUCCUGAGGCAAAGUCCACCAUUAACCGGGCAACUACUGGACUUACACGACACAUUAUCAACACUAGCUCUCGACUCCUCAAUCUGAGGCAGGUGCCCAAAACCAGACUUGCAGAACAGGUUGCAGAAAUAGGAUCAGGGGUGGUGGAACCUUCUCCGAAACACACGCCUAACACAUCUGACAACGAGAGCAGUGACACCGAGACCUAUGCUGGGGCCAGUCCUUCCAAGCAGCCACCUGGUAGUGGUGGAUCCAAACUGUUGCGCAAGGAAGGUGGGCUAGAUGACAGCGUGUUCAUCGCCGUCAAAGAGAUUGGUAGAGAUCUUUACCGUGGCCUACCGACAGAUGAGCGUUCGCAGAAACUGGAGUUUAUGUUGGACAAGUUGCAGCAGGAGAUUGACCAAGAGUUGGAGCAUAACAACUCUCUAAAUAUGGAAGAACGAGAGACAAUUGACUCUCGACGCAAGGCCCUCAUCUCUGCAGCUCUGGCCAAGUCUGGUGAACGUCUCCAAGCUUUGACUCUGCUCAUGAUUCACUACCGUGCUGGCAUCGAAGAUCUAGAGUCUGUAGAAAGCACAUCACCAUCUGAACAGCAUGGCUUUCCAAAGGCAAAGUCUGAGGGUCUGGAGGAGGCCCUAAUGGGCACAGAAGUGUACGACAGUGACAUUUGCAGUCCCGUUGAUGUUCAGAUGCUGGAUGACAUUACAGAGGAGCAGAUCUGUGUAGAGGCGUUUCCGUAAAGAUGACAAAAGGCACUAGGGGCUUGGGACUCAAGAACAAAGACUUUUUAUCAUGUAUGAUUUGGAUUAAGGUUGACCUGUGAGCGUUCCACAUGUGAUUUGUGAGGUUUGCAAAAGUAUUCCUGAAAAUCACUGCAAUGUACUGUUGAGGAAUUUUCAGAGGGUGUCAGUAGUUUACCAUUUUUUUUUACUUUUUAAUUUUUAAAAAUUAUUUCCCCCUUUAGUCUUUUAGUUGCAGCUGUAGAGGACAACCCAUCAAUCUGAAGACUUUCAGCAGUAUUACGUAAAAUAGACAAAAUACAUUGUGAUCAAGCCGAGUUUUACCUGCCUUACCUGAAAGGUGUAGUCAAUUUUUUAAACAUUGAAGCUUCAAAAGGGAGAGUCAGUGUGAGCUUGAAGCGAGAGGACCUUGAAUACGUAUUUUUAUUCAAACUUUGUGUAUUAGUACAGACUGAAUUAUAUAUGUGUGCUGUUAGUGAUGUACUUGGUUGGAAAUACACCCUGCCUAGUGUGUUUUGAGCUUCAAGCCCCCCUGCCUUAUCAAUCAACUACAAAAUGUAGGAUUUUACCUGAACAGUCCAUAGAACAUGAUGCCAUUCCUAACCAACAUUGUCCUCGCUGAUAAGCACCUUUCUCAUGUUCCUUCACCAUUGUUACUAAUUUUAAAGUGUAAUUUCUUUAAUAUUCUUUUUUGUUGUUGUUGAUUUUAAAAUGUUUAAUGCUGAACUGAGAGGGAAUCCUCAUAGGACAGAUAAUCUUGAUGUUAUUAUACUAUUGGGGACCAUUCUUUGUCUAAUUUAUGUCACAAAGCCAAUGUGACUUUUUUUUCUUUUUUGAGGGAGGGAUAUUUAUAUUGCAUUUCAUAAUAUAUGUUUCCAAUAAUUGUCAAUAAUCUUGUAUUUUAAUCUUUCAAUUAAUUUGCUUUGAACCUUUUAGUUUUUAAGUGGUUGCAAUUUUUGAAUCCGGGUGAAUGGUUAUAUGUUUGUGUGAACGUGUCAGCCAGUUCAUUUUUGGUUUCCUUUAUGUACUGUAAUGUUUUGUUUUGUUUUGAUGCAAAGAACUUCUCAUUGUGUCUCACAUCCGUGUGCUUAGGCAUGUUUUAGCACCUUCGAACGUUAUUUUUUACAUGUGUACUAUUGAAUGUAUCUCCCAUAUGACUCACUUUACAGUCAUUAUUCCAUUCACCUCUCAAAACAUAACUUCUCUAAGUUUAAAACUACAUCAUUAAAAUCUUUCUUUUGUCAAUGCA